UAUGCGGCUGACCGAACUCAUGAAACACUAUGCAUGAGGCGACCGGUACUCUGGAUUCUUAUGAUCCUUCAUUUUGAGUGUCCCCUCCUUCAGAGUGUGAGGUGGACGGGCUCCCCAGUGGUUACGGAUCCAGGGACUCCAUCCUCAGGCCCGGUGCAAAGAGGGACUGGAAGAGACGAAAGCGUGGGCAUCUUAGGCGUAUUGACAGCUGCAGCAGCUGGGAUCCAGGCACCGCCACCACCAGCCCCGAGGCUGGAAUAGAGAAACAGCAGCCUUCGUUUGGACUGGGAGGAGGUGUAGCCAUGCGCUGCUCCACCCUGCUCGGCAUCCUCACGGGGGUGCUUCUCUACUUGGUACUGGGAGCUGUGGUGUUCCGUGCCUUGGAGACUCCGCGAGAGGAGGGCAAGCACAUACAGCUGCAGGACACGCGUCGGUUCUUCCUGAUGAACUUCACCUGCAUGGGCCCAGAGGACCUACAGACCCUUAUAGAGGAAGUGGUGGAUGCCGUCGGUGCAGGUGUGGAUCCCAGCAGCAACGACACCUUUGUCAGCCAGUGGGAUCUGGCCAGUGCUUUUUUCUUCUCAGGGACAGUCAUCACAACCAUCGGUUUUGGAAACAUCUCCCCCAAGACAGAAGGAGGGCAGCUCUUCUGCAUUUUCUACGCCCUGGUGGGAAUCCCGAUGUUUGGUAUCCUGCUCGCUGGAGUUGGAGACCAUCUUGGUACUGGGCUGAGGAAAACUGUUGCCAAAAUAGAGACUCUCUUCCUGAAAUGGCGAAUUAGUCCAACCAUUGUGCGAGUGAUCUCAGCCGUCCUGUCCAUCCUGCUGGGUUGCGUGCUCUUUGUUGCAGUGCCUAUCUUCGUUUUCCAAGAGGUGGAGAAGUGGACUCUUCUGGAGUCGGCCUACUUUGUAGUGAUCACCCUGACAACAGUGGGGUUUGGAGACUAUGUUGCAGGGGAUUCUGGAAACGGGGGGAGUGACCACUGGUAUAAGCCUUUGGUGUGGUUCUGGAUCUUGCUGGGUCUUGCCUACUUUGCAUCUAUCCUGACGAUGAUUGGUAACUGGCUCCGGGUUCUAUCUAAGAAGACCAGAGCUGAGAUGGAGGAACUUCGAGCCCACGCCACUGACUGGACUCAAAACAUCCAGAACAUGUCGGUAGAUUUUCGCAUUCCAGGAAAAAUUGAUGACCCCUUUAAACGGCGCCGGAGAAAGCACCGCCACAACUCUCGCAGCCAUGGUCACAGUGUGUCAGCUAACGGGGCCCCUGAGGGGAAAGAAGAGCAGGGUGAGGGUCAGACAGAGUCUGGAUCUUCCUCCUCCUCCUCCUCCUCCACCUCUAAUGAAUCAGGGUCUGGAUCAGAAACAGACUCUCAGGUCACUCAGACAGAGCGAGUGCCUGAAGAGAAAACCAUAGAACCUGAAAAGGAGGAGACUCUUCCAGACCCCCACCUGUCUCAGCCUCUGGACUACUUUGGGGAGAACCUUGCCUUUAUUGAUGAGUCCUCAGAUGCCCAAAGUGGUAAACUACAUUUGGAUCCUCUGCUGGAUCCAUCGCAACCCAACAGUGAACGCCCUCGUCUGCCCAAGAGGAGACGCCAAAGAAGACCUGUUCCGCAGAGAAGCCCCAAAGUCAAUGGCUCCAACCGCGUCAGGACAGCGCCCAACGGAAGCCCCAAACCAGUUCCAAGUCUGCCAGUGAAGCCUUAAGAUUGAAGCUGAUUACAGGAACUCCGCUGCUCGCACAAGUAUCGACUUGACAGAUCUGAGAAGUGUUCAUAAUCUGACAGAGGAGUUCUCAGCGUAGCAAUUUAUUUGUGUAUAUGUCCUGCUUACUUGCAGACACUUAAGAUAAAAACAUGUUGCAGAAGCCUUCGCCACUUGUGGUUUGCAGUUAAUGCUCUUAGCAUGCAAGUGUGUAUGCCUCAAUCAGAAAUGAUGAAGUGAUUUUUAUGCCAAUGCUCCCAUUACUUUCUGAGGAGUUGCUGCUCUCUGCUGGGCCAAGACAGAAAUGCACUACCACUCUCUCAACAUGAGGGUUCCCGCCUUUUACUAAUCCCAAAAAAAACAAACAAGAAAGAGUCAGGAGGUUGCUGCUGCAGCGUGGGGCUCGUGUUGAAGAAGGGUUGCUUUGGUCUGAGACAGUUGCUCUUGAAUCCUGCCAACAAUUAAACGGGUACUAAACAGGCUCUUGUACAUUUUUGGUAUGUAACAAAACUUUUUUUAAACACUGUGUACAACCAUUAUAUUUGC